UCUCUGCCAGCCCAGAGAGACGGAGUGAAAAAGAAAUGUUUCCAAUAAUACCAGGGCUGUCUUUCCCCGGCUGCUCUGUUUUGCUGUCUGUUAUUGUCUGAAAUCUGUCUGUUUCCCACCAGACUCUGGGCAACAAAGGUGCAGGGGCCUGUGUAGCAGCUGGCGGCCCUGCUGGCUCUUACCUGCUCUCUGAGUUUGGGUCCCGGGCUGUGUGCUCAGACUUGACCAUGUUUGGGCAUGGAGGCUCGCUCCAGAUGAGGACCAAAGGCCGCUUCCCUGGAGAUGGCCCGGGAGGCCGUGCUUCCUGCUGGAGCUCUGGGGCCUCUUUUAGGGUGGGGGCCAGGCAGAAAGAAACUGUCUGCCAGCUGAAACUCACAGGGGACCCGGGAGACUAGAUGACCACUUCCCCCAGUGAAGAUGGGGAAAAAGCUGGUGAUGGCUCAGAAGCGGGGAGAGACUCGAGCCCUUUGCCUGGGUGUGGCUAUGGUGGCGUGCGCCGUCAUCACCUACUACAUCCUGGGCACCACCGUGCUGCCCCUCUACCAGAAAAGCGUGUGGACCCAGGAAUCCACAUGCCAUCUGAUUGAGACCCACAUCAGGGACCAGGAGGAGCUGGAGGGCAAGAAGGUGCCCCAGUACCCGUGCCUGUGGGUCAACGUGUCAGCCGUGGGCAGAUGGGCCGUGCUGUACCACACAGAGGACACUCGGGACCGGAACCAGCAGUGCUCCUACAUCCCAGGCAGCCUGGACAACUAUCCGGUGGCCCGGGCCGACGUGGAGAAGGUGAGAGCCAGAUUCCAUGAACGCCAGGUUUUCUACUGCUUCCGGACAAGUCGGGAGAACGAGACCAGCGUCCUGUACCAGCGCCUCUAUGGGCCCCAGGCCCUCCUCUUCUCCCUCUUCUGGCCCACCUUCCUGCUGACCGGUGGCCUCCUCAUUAUCGUCAUGGUGAAGAUCAACCAGUCCCUCUCUAUCCUGGCGGCCCAGAAGUAGACCCAUCUAUGCCACACCAUGCCAGGACUGAGCCCCAGGGGGCUGGGGAGCCCCAAGACCACUCCUCACUUGUAUAUCCAUGCUCCUCCCGCCGCCUUUCCACUCUAUCCCUCCGAUCCAUCCUGUCUGCCAUCGCAUGGUUCACUCUUGGAAAAUCCCUUUGUUAAGUCAUGUCCUGCUCAAGAAUGUGCAAUGGCUCCCUAGUGCCUAGGAGGAUACAAGGCCAGCCUGUUACAGUUCUCCAUUACCUGCCCCCACUCAGCUGACCCAACCCUGUUUCCCCCUGUGCAACUGUUC